ACAAAGAGGGAAAUAUUAAAUAAAUACCAGAACAAGAGACGGGAUGCGCGCAUUCGCAUUGGGUUUACAAAACAAGCAAGUCAGACGGAUUCGGACGCAGACUAAAAUUCUACUAUUUAUACAUACAUACACGUAUGUAUGUACAUAUGUAUAUCUGAAAAUAUUCUAACUAAUAUUCAGACUGAUUGAUAGACCACCUGAGGGGGUCUGCGAGACAAUAGCGGUUGAUCAGCAGAAAAAAUUCUAAUUUCUAAUUAUAUACAUACAUACAUACACAGAAUUAUUUUAGAACAAUUCCAAGUGAAUACACAAAGUGUUGUACGAAUGUGGUGCUAAAGUGAAGAGUGGAUUUUUUUUAUAGAAAAUAUUUAUUAAAAAAAACUUUGUGUCGGUGAAAUUAAAAAAAAAAAAUCUAUUCAAAUUGAAUUUCGACUUUCGCAAAAGAUUAAAAUGAAGCAGUUAAAGUUGGUACUCUGGCUAGCGCUAUUGCUACAACAAGAAUAUUUUACCCUCUCUUUAGCUGCACAACAACAACACACCUCAUCAAAAGCUCAAUCAUCCGUUGUGCAAUUGUAUGACUCGAAUCGUGGUGAAAAUGCGGCGGCGCCACAAUCGGAGAGUGUAUUAGGAUCAAUAUACCGCAAGAGUCGACAAUCGAGGUGUGUGCGUUGUUAUGAAGAUCGUUACGGCGAAGAUCGCAGUCGUUACUACGGUAGUAGUGCUGGCGGUUACUCUAGUCGCUCGUCGGAUAAUUGGUAUUAUCCAUAUGAUCGUUAUGAUGAUCGUUAUCGUUCCGAAGAUCGUUAUCGUUCGGAAGAUCGUUACAAACCUGACUACGAUCGUUAUUCCUCAUCAUAUAGCGCAGGAUCUUCAUAUUAUCGUGACAGAGAUGAUCGCAUGGGUUCCCGUACUUACGACCGCUACGAUGGUCGGGGUUAUGAUCGCUAUGAUCGGCGUGGUGGAUAUGAUCAGGACCGUUAUGGUGACUACUCUCGUGAUCGCUAUUAUGAGCGUCCACGUGGCAGCAGCUAUGAUCGUGACUACUACGAUCGUUCCUCUUCGUCGCGUUAUGAUUAUCGCAACUAUCGUCCUUGGGACGAAACCUACAGAGGUCAAUCGGGUUUUGAUAAUUCCGGGCGUGGAUAUUACUUCGCUGGUGAGGACAGUGAACAUCGACGUUAUCCUUAUAGUAAAUACUCGUACGAUGAAGGCGCUCCGUCGUCACCUUGUGGCGUACGCGCCGCCACCGACUGUCCAUAUGCAUACAGAGGUGGAAGCGGCAGUGGCUCAAGCGGUACAACACAAGUCACCUCACGGCCCAUAACAAGUCAACAUGGCUAUGAAUAUGGUUAUGGCGUGGGAGGUGGUGGUAGUGAAAGUAGUGGAAGCGGAAGCAGUGCAGGCGCUGCGACACGCCAUACAAGUGCCAGUAAUAGUAGUAGCGCCGGUAACAGUCAAGGCUGGAACUAUGUAGAUGAACGCGAUAAAGUGUUAGGUAUGCGGGGCAGUGGUAGGAAUGAGGAUAGAGGACGUGAGCGGGAGCGAGGUGGCGACAGGGAUCCACAGAGCUCUACCUACGGUAGCCGACCACCACGUCCAUUAGGUGGUAGCUACCUCUUCGACCGAAACUCGAAUGCGGUAGGUGACGAAAAGACAACAGACAAUGGCGCGGAUAAGGAAGCUAAUGGCGACGCCAAUGCUGGCGGCAACAACAGCAAUAUUUCAUCAUCGUCCGGGGAUAUUGGACAAGGUCGUGAUAUGAGUAAUGGCGGUGGGGGUGGUGGCAGCAACAACGAUGGCGGCAGUGGAAAUCAAAUGCAAAUGAAGCAGUGAUCAGAUCACCAAAAAUAUACAACAAAAGCGGAGCAAGAAGAAGAAUAUAAUUGAUACAUAUAAUUUUUUUUUUAUACGAAUAUGUAAAAUUGUAAAACGGAAAACUUUGCAUGAAUGUAAGUGCACAGUAUUGUGUGAAGCAUAAGAACAAAAUUAAUUUCCUAAAUAAAG